AUGCCUCCAGCAAUCGAGCCAGGAACACGGGCCGUCAUCCUGUGCCUUCGGGCGAGUGGAAUCCCGGCAAAAAAUAUCCAGCAGCUUGUCGGAUCACCCAUCAGCACCAUCAACGGACUCUACAACUCAGCUCUCAAGAAAGGCUUCAACCCUGACUCCCGUCCCCUUGAGUUUAACGAGUACAUCACGGACUCUCCUCGUCGUACCGAUGAGUUCAAAGUCAAGAAACCGGGCACCAAGAAAGCCGCUGGCACCCCUACUCCCCGCCCUCGUGCGGCUCGCAAGAAUAAGGCUGCUGCUGAGCCUAUUGAAGGAUAUGUUCAGGGCCAUACGGAUGAAGAUCUCGAAGACCUCGAAGACCGCACCGAGCUUCAAAUCAAGAAUCUCAUCGAAGAGCCCGUUGAGGAAGAGUCUGAGGACUUCGAGACCUAG